CGUUCUCACUCUCGGCUAUGGCGGAGGCCUCGAUUGGGAGGCAAAGCCCCAGGAUCGUGUCUUAUCCUGCACAUAACUUAUGUUCUGGGCGAUCCAAUCUUCAUACCACGGCAGUGGUGUCUAUGGGCUCAGCUGACCAUCGAUUCAACCUGGCUGAGAUCCUGUCCCAGAACUACGGAGUACAGGAAAAAACGGAGGAGGCCGACGAGGAGCCAGACCACGCAGAGGAGAAAGCGAAGCCUUUGGAAGAGAUAGAGAAGAGUUUCAAUGCCGCCCAGAACAGUGAGAUGCCCUUUGAAGAGCUGCUGGCCCUGUACGGCUAUGAGGCUUCUGACGCCAUCUCUGAGCAGGAGAGUGAGAGCAACGAUGCUACGCCCAACCUUCCAGACAUGACCCUGGAUAAGGAGCAGAUAGCAAAGGAUCUACUUUCUGGAGAAGAAGAGGAGGAGACGCAAUCUUCGGCAGAUGACCUGACGCCUUCGGUCACUUCUCACGAUGCAUCAGACCUCUUCCCCAAUCAGACCGGCUCUAAUUUUGUGGCAGAUGGAGACAAGGCUCCUUGUUCCUCCCCUUGUGCUUCCUUCUCAGCUGAAGACUCCGAAGAAGAUUCCAUCGCUCCUAAUGACUGCAAGAAGGAGAUCAUGGUGGGACCUCAGUACCAGGCCAUUGUCCCUCUCUUGGACUUGAACCGGCAGGGCGAAAAAGUCUAUGAAAAUGAUGACCAGUUGCUGUGGGAUCCAAACAUCCUUCCGGAGAGGGAGGUGGAAGAAUUCCUCUUCCGAGCUAUCAAGAGGAGAUGGGAUGAAGUCUCCAACGCCAGGCUUCCUGAAGGAGAGAUGGUGAAGGAUAACGAACAAGCCCUCUACGAAUUGGUGAAAUGUAACUUCAAUGCAGAAGAAGCUUUGCGGCGACUCCGGUUCAACGUGAAGGUCAUUCGAGAUGAGCUCUGUGCCUGGAGCGAAGAAGAAUGCAGGAACUUCGAACAUGGAUUCCGGGUGCAUGGAAAAAACUUCCACCUUAUUCAAGCCAACAAGGUCCGGACCAGGUCAGUAGGCGAAUGCGUGGAAUACUAUUACAUAUGGAAGAAAUCGGAGCGGUACGACUACUUCACCCAACAGACGCGGUUUGGAAGGAAGAAGGAUUACGUGGAUAACUUUUUAGAUGGCGGGGAAGUGGAAAGCGCCAGCCGCGCGCGAAGCUCUCCGCCCAUUGCGUCGGCCGCUGGCUGCCUGGACUCCUGUUUCAACCCAGAUCAUUUAACAAUGGAGACGGCAGAUCCAUUGAGCAUUGAAAGCGCAGCCUGCAGUCUCGGCAGCACCAGUGAAUCCGGGCAUGGCUACGAGUGCAGCACGCCUUCAGAAACAAACUGUUCCUUUGACCCCCCCGAGGAGGUGCCCCCCGCCAGCCGUGUCCCAACGUACCUUCAGCACCCACCAAAUCCCUCCGAAGCCGGAUUCUACCAGAUGGCUGCGACGGACAAGCAGGAAGAGCCCUUGCAGUGCUCGGGAGAAGCUAUCACCGUGGACUUCACCCCACUCCCCGAGAGCGUCACGGAAAGGUUACCUUUAAUUUCCAGCCACGCGGGACUGGAGGGAGAUCCAGAGACGUUGGUGGCCCCUGCGCAAGUGUCCUUAGCUGUCCCCGAUUUCAGCCUCCUGGGUCUUGGAGAAGUCGAUAGCCUCCUGACCACUCCACAAUCCUGUCCGGCACCCGUAGCCCAUUCAGACUCAGUGUCUCAGUGACAGCGGCCAUCAAGAGGUCUUUUAUAGGCCAGGAGCUGACUCGUAUUCUGGGGGAGACGAGGGGACGAGAGAUCAGAAAUCUUGGCUCGAUGAUGAUCUUUUCCUGGUCCUCGGUGACAAACCUGCUGCUUCUCCCCUUCCGAAAUCCGAGGAGCGCCGGUUCCCCGCCAGCCAACCCCACCCCUGGCAGUUCCAGUGUCUCUCCAGCAAAACCAAACACCUCCGUCACAAUCUCCUGUGCACCUAUCGCAGGAGCUGGCCGAAGGGAACUGUGACCCCCAUGGGGUCAUCACGGACGGGGAUCCCCUCAAAGCCAUGCGGGACAGACCGAGUCUUCCCCCCCACCCGCCGUCUCCACAUUCAGCCAAACCCCUCAGAUUGCCAGGGGAAGGCGCUUUGGCCCCAGAACGGACACUCUGCAGGGAGGAAGGCUGGCCGCGAGCACUUUGAAGAGGGAGGGGGCUGGACGGGGGUAGAAUGCAAGGUUUCCUGGAGCGCGGGAACUAGGCGUAAAAAUGCAUCGGGUUCCUAAUCACCGGAGCAAAAUAGGGUAGAGAAUACCUGAAUUUUAGUUUCAUCAAUGUCAGGACUGGUACCUCCCGCUAGUUCAGGUCUUUUCCGUACACCUGAUUCGGUGUGGGUGGGUGAGAGCGUCCGAGUGUGUUGCUAUACAUGCGCACACGGGCACGUGCGUACGUGGGACGACUUGUUGCCAAAUUUUGUGACCCUGUGUGGUUAGAGCGAGUGGAAACCCUGUUGGGUCCUGUUUUCUCCUCCCUGUGACCUCUAUCUGGUGGGGAGGGGGGGACUUCCUCGAAGUCAGGUGCAGAAAACAGUCCGGGGGGGGCACGUCUCUCUGAUCCUCAUGUUUCUCAACCCUGGCAACUUCAACUCCCAGAAUUCCCAAGCUGGCUUUUUGUGGACUUCAACUCCCAGAAUUCCCCCAGACAUCCAUGCUGGCUGAGGAAUUCUGGGAGUUGAAGUUCACCCAUCUUAAAAGUUGCCCUAGUUCAGGAACACUGCCCUACAGGAAUUGCUCACGAGGUUUAUUUUUCCCACUUCUGAUAAAGUCACAUUUAGUGCAGAAUCGGUGCAAGUAGGGAGACAAAAGAGUAAGGAGAGAGAAUUCGGCCUAGCAGCAUCUACAUCCCCCUUCACACACACCCACACAUCCCAAAAACAUACAUUCCAUGUUUAGCAGAGUGAUUUCAGGCAAGGGAAAGAUGGGGGGAGGGAAACCCCACCCUCUGAUUUUAUUGUCUUUUAUUUUUGCUAAAGAGAGAUAUUUUUCACGACCUACUACUCCAUUCGCAGCAGUUCUACCACUGCUGCUUCUUCGGUGUGCCAAACUGAGACUUGGAGGGUGGGUGAGGGGAGUGCAGAGAGGAGUAAGAGAGGGAAGGGGAGCAUGAGGAGUUCUCUCACCCACCCACCCUCUCCAAGCUUGGUUGUUCUGACCACUCCGAAACGUUGGCAGGAUUAGCAAGGACAAAGACAGUGCCAUACACGCAGCUCUUUUCUCCACAAUGUUUCCAGAUUGCAUUUCAGAUCCUUUUCCUUUAAAAAAUUUUUAAACCGCGAAGUCCCAAAGAGGGGGGGGUAUUGCAUUUAUACUCUCAAAAGAGAACAUCCCCACCCACACCCGAACUCCCCUCCCGAUUCAACGAGAUAAGAGACAGCCCAAGCUUUGUGUUCUCCCCAAUUUUGUACAACUGGAGCCUUAGAACAGGUAAAAAUGGAAACAAACGGGAAAUGAGGACACCACCUUGCCCCAUAAUCCCCUACCUUGCUUCCAUCCAAUCACCGCAUCGUUUCUGGCAGGGGUGAAAUGCUACCGGUUCGGACAGGUUCAGGCGAACCGGUAGUAAAAAAAAUGCUACCGGUUCGGGCGAAUCAGUAUUUCCGACAAUCAGCUGGGCGACGAUCAGCUGUGACGCGCGAUUUAUAUUAGCUAGAAUCGUUGGAUUUCCUGCUUUCUAGCUAAUCUAAAUCAUGUGGCACAGCGGAUUCUCCCCCUCUCGCUGUCGGUAGCAGAUUCACCGAACUGGUAGCAGGCUUCACUGGAUUUCACUGCUGGUUUGGGGGCUGUUUCUGCCCCAGAUGUUUUGGGGGAAAGUGAAGAUGGGUGCAGGAGGGAAAGCCAGAAGUGUUUUUUAUUUUUAUUUUUUUAAUCAUUCUGGAUCCAGUCGCAGAGUUAAUCGUCCUUCAUCCUCCCCGGCUUCUUUUGAAGGGGAAGGUCAAUGGUUGUCUCACGCCUCUCCCACCACAGACCUUGGAGAGCCUCUCUGGAAAAAAAAGAGCUUGCAGAGGCGAGGCGCCAGGUCACAGGGAAGGAAAACCAGCUCCAAAAUGAAGCGGUGAUGACAAGAUGGCCGGAUCUGCUUUUAGGGACCAGCGCCGGGUGGUGGACGGAGCGAAUCAAGCAGCGAUGCUUGGUUGAGCUGAGAACUCAAUGUCCUACAAUUGGGGGUUUCCUUGCAGCUUAGCAGGGAUGAAAAAUCCCUUUUAGGACUGUCCGAGAAAUAUAUUUCUUUUCUUUUUUUUUCCCCCUCUUCCUGUUCUUCGCAUUCAGUGCUCCUCUGGAUUCAGUGAACCCACACCCACCCA